CUCCACCAUUUUUCACCGAGUCCUGCUCCCACUGAAGUCCUUGGUAGUUUUGCAGUUGACGUCAGUGGGAAUCGGAUCACACCCUUUGUUACUGACUCCUUCAAGGUUAACAGCCAUGGCUACAUACGGUUCUCCUUCGGCUGGAGUUGCUGUCCCACUUCUGGGUCCAGUUUUGCCAUCUCUGUUUUUUCUGCUUUCUUUGGAUGAUCCAUCUCCGUCUUGGAAAAUCUUUGUGGUCCAAAAUCUUGACCAGGGCUGUCUCAGUCCAUGAUGCCAGUGGUGGUUUUAGUUCAGUAGAUACCAUGUGCUGGCACCUGUUUGUGGCCCGACGACCCUAUCGCAGGCUUCAAAAAAUAAAAACCAGCAUAACACGGGACCCAAAUGGUGUGCAAUUUGGAGGCAUUAGCUGAUUGGAUCGAUGGGGCGAAAACCAGGAAUGCAUCUGCCCCUGUGUCUGAAAACACUUGUGAAGGUCCACGUGAGAUGUGGCAAGAAGCUACAGGCUUUGCAUUGAGGAGCAAGCCUUAUCUUUGGGUUAGACCACUUCUGCCAGCCCAGGCUAUGCAUUGAUAUGAAAUCCUCGCAGCCUUCCAUGCGCCUAGGGAUGCUGCAGCUGCUAUUGACAAUAUGAAUGAAUCUGAGCUUUUUGGCAGGACGAUUCGUGUCAACUUGGCCAAGCCAAUGCGGAUUAAGGAAGGUUCUUCCAGACCCGUCUGGUCGGAUGAUGACUGGUUGAAGAAGUUUUCGGGGAAGACGCUUGAGGAGAAUGCAGAGGAAGAGGGAGCAGAGCCUUCCAAAUCAGAGACGCAGGAGGGUGAGCCUCCUGCUAAGAAAUCCAGGGCCAAUCCUCAGGUGUACAUGGACAUCAAGAUUGGAAACAAGCCUGCUGGUCGAAUCCAGAUUCUCCUGCGCUCGGACAUUGUGCCCAUGACAGCAGAGAAUUUCCGCUGCUUAUGCACCCACGAAAAGAACUUUGGCUUCAAGGGAAGCAGUUUCCAUCGCAUCAUCCCCCAGUUCAUGUGUCAGGCUGGAGAUUUCACCAACCACAAUGGCACCGGAGGCAAAUCGAUCUAUGGGAAGAAAUUUGACGACGAAAACUUUAUUCUGAAGCACACGGGACCAGGGUUGUUAUCGAUGGCAAACUCUGGCCCAAACACCAACGGCUCCCAAUUCUUCAUUACUUGUGAUAAAACGGACUGGCUGGAUGGCAAGCAUGUGGUCUUUGGAGAGGUGACGGAAGGGAUUGAGGUGGUGCGGCAGAUCGAGGCUCAAGGCAGCAAAGAUGGGAAACCCAAGGAGAAAGUGAUCAUUUCAGACUGUGGGGAGUAUGUGUGAGCCCGUCUGGAUGGAGUGACCAGAUGAGCAGUGAAGGCUGGAAGUUGUUCUGGAUGGGGAAAACAGAACUGGAGACUGCCAGGGAGAAAAGUCACCUUGUUACUCCACAAGUCCCACUUGCUGCAUAGUUUCUUUAGAAACUACCAUACAGGCUUGGGCUGAACAGUCUGGUCAGCAGACAGGACUAGGUCCAUCAGCGGGUGCUUUUUCACCCGGCGGGUCACAGGAAGCAUCCUUUAAAAAACCGUGCAAAUAGUUUGACCAAUCUGGAGUGGAUCCUGUGUCCCUCCUCUGCGAGGCAUCGCCAGUCCUGCCGGUGCCUUCCAUAGAGAAUUUUUUCUUGUUUAAAAUAAACCAGAGCUUGUAUAAAAUACCGAAAAUGUGUCCCUUACCUUGGAAUUCUCACAAUGUUGUGUUGUUUAGCACACAGAUCAUGGUAACAUCUAGAGGUCAACGAAGUACAAACGUCGCCACCUGUUUCUUACAAUCUAAGAAAGAGUUGUUGUCAUGGGAAAGGUUUGAAGAAGCUGGAGUCUGCCUUGUGUUUUAUGGAGUUACUUGUGGACCCUACUGUUCAGCCAGCUGCUUUGGGUUUGUGUGUUUAACAGCCAGCGGGUGAGUCUGUUUAACAGCCUUUUUAGCUGACCUUAGACUUUACCUCCCUGUGCCUUGGUUUCCCCUUCUGUAAAAUGGGGGUACUGAGCUGCAUCGUAAAAUGCUUUGAGAUCUCUGGAUGAAAAGAGCUAGGCAGUAUCAUCAGUUAGUUAAUCUCAUGCACAGCCAUAGCAAAGGACUGUCCUCUGCACUAAAAUCCCUACCAGCGUUUUGUCUAGUGUUGCACUCGUGCACCCCUUCAGUGCUGAUGUGGUGCAGGCGGAUUGGAGUUACAAACAGCGGGACAGUUGGCCUUUACCGUGAUUGUGAAUGGGUUUUAGGUCUUGAAAGGCCCUUUGAAAAGCUUCCCCUGACACUGAUCAUAGAAUCAUAGAAUAUCAGGGCUGGAAGGGACCUCAGGAGGUCAUCUAGUCCAACCCCCUGCUCAAAGCAGGACCAAUCCCCAAUUUUUGCCCCAGAUCCCAAAUGGCCCCCUCAAGGAUUGAACUCACAACCCUGGGUUUAGCAGGCCAAUGCUCAAACCACUGAGCUAUCCCUCUCCCCUGUCCAUGUUUACGCUCUGCAUCUGUGUUUGUUCGUUCCCGCCUGACGGCAUCAGAGCAGCUCUCAGGAAAGCCUCGCUCGCAAAUGGCCUUGGGCUCUGUUUUUGUGAAAAUGCUCAUCCUCCGAGAAACUGACCCCGCUAAUUGCGCUAAGCGAGGGCAUGUAACUGAGGUGUAAGUACUGGGGCCCAUACGAAAGGUUACACCCAGAAAGGGAAGCACCUCUGUAAUUCCUGCAGCAAGGUGGCUGUGUCUAAGCACAAACAUCCUGAAUGUGCAGGAUCCUGCUCUAGGCAAUGUCCUAGUGUUUAGUCAAAUAGCAUUUAGCUGUUCAUGUAUGUCACAGGUCGUUAUUAGUGGCUACCAUUUGCAUGACAGAGGAAAGGCACUUUAGUCUCGCCUUUGGUUCAGCGCUGAAAUAAUAGACACAAGAAGUCUAAGAGCGCACAAAGCGAAGCUAGUGUCCUUAGCAGAAAUAACAUUUUCUGUAACCCCCAUUUUGUUGUCAUUCAUUUUUUUUUAAAUUAUUUUUUGAAUGUAAACAUGAAAUGAGAGCGUGCCCGUCGGGUUUGUGUGGGUUGGAGAUCACUUAGAAUCUCGGCAGAGAGCUGAUUUAAAUACGGUUUGGAAUGGCAGAAUGAGAAGUCCUGUGUCUGAAAAAGGAGCUCCCGUUCACACUGGCAGGGGAUGAAUAUGGGCAGAGCAGUAAGUGUGGCUUUGUCUCCAAUUAGGGCCUAGCUUGUUUUGCCUUUAAAUUCGAGGUAGUUGCUUUGAUACUACUGAAUAAAUGUGGCAUUGUCACUUACAAAACUAUCCUUAUGGAGACUGCUCUGCUACAGCGUCUCAGGCGAGUUCUUCUUUUAUAGUUGUUUGCAGUGGGCUUGGUUGUAGCUGUGUGGGUCCCAGCACAGGACUCUCUGGCUUUAAGAUUAACCUCGAUAAGUUUAUGGCGGAGAUGAUAUGAUGGGAUAACAUGAUUUUGGCAAUUAAUUGAUCUUUAACUAUUCAUGGUAAAUAGGCCCAAUGGCCUGUGAGGGGAUGUUAGAUCGGGUGGGAUCUGAGUUACUACAGAGAAUUCUUUUCUGGGUGUCUGGCUGGUGAAUCUUGCCCAUAUGCUCAAGGUUUAGCUGAUCGCCAUAUUUGGGGUCAGGAAGGAAUUUUCCUCCAGGGCAGAUUGGAAGAGGCCCUGGAGGUUUUUUGCCUUCCUCUGUAGCAUGGGGAAUGGGUCACUUGCUGGAGGAUUCUCUGCUCCUUGAAGUCUUUAAACCAUGAUUUGAGGAUUUCAAUAGCUCAGACAUAGGUGAGAGGUUUAUCACAGGAGUGGGUGGGUGAGAGAGAUUCGGUGGCCUGCAUUGUGCAGGAGGUCAGACUAGAUGAUCAUAAUGGUCCCUUCUGACCUUAAUGUCUACGAUGGAAGGUGCAAACAUUUGACCUACACAAAGUAGGUCUUUUAUCUACAAUAAAAGAUAUUCCCUCACCCACCAUAUUUUUUUUUUUUUUUGAGAGAGAGAGACACACAAGGCAGGUGUGGUGGUAUUUUCUAUUGGACCUGUUACACAUGCAUUUUUGCAUUUAUUUACAUAUUAGACACUGUACAUGGUGUGGCAUUUUACAAAUAUCCAGGUUGACCUCUUCAUUUGCUGUGAUCCUUCAGAUGAAAAGUAGCUAUGAAUCUAUUCUAAAAGUCAGGUGGUCUUUAGUAUUGAGUGGCUGGUGUGUUAAUCUAAAACCACUAAUAUGUAGCUUUUAUAUGGCACUCUUAAUCGGUAGAUGUCAAAGCAUUUUAUAAAGAGAGGGUUAGUAUCAUUAUUCCUGUUUUACAGAGUGGGAAACUGAGGCACAGAGACUUGCCUAAAGUCACCCAGCAGGCCAGUGGCGGAAAUAGAACCCAGGCCUCAUAGUCCAUCCACUAGGAACACCACCUCUCUGACUAAAAAAACUGUCAUUCUGAUGAGCAGUAACCCCAAACGUUUGUAGUUACAGGCUAUUGGCUUUGAAAAGUUUAGGACUGAAAUAAAUUGUUGGUGAUCAUUCAGUGAA